GUUAUUUUGUAGAGAAUUCUGUUAAAAAGUUAAACAAAACAUUUGAAGCAAAUUAAAAUCAGAAACCAACCAGAAACACAGAGAACGACGAGAGUGGAAGCAAAAUAUAGAUAUAUAUAUAUAUAUAGAAAGAGAAGCAAAAUAGGAAAUCUAGACAGAGAGAAUAGACGGGGAUGACGAUGGACAGAGAGAAGGAGAGAGAGAUUGAGCUCGAGAGUGCAAUGUACACUAACUGUUUGUUAUUAGGGCUCGAUCCGUCGAUCAUCGGUGUAGGAGCCAACAACGGUACCCCUCGGGUCGGACUCUUCCGCCAUUCAAACCCUAAAUUGGGCGAACAGCUUCUGUACUUCAUCUUAUCUUCUCUAAGAGGGCCAAUUCAAUCCGCAAAAGAUUUCGAUAAGGUUUGGCCAAUUUUUGAUUCUGCGCAAUCACGUGACUUUCGGAAGGUGGUUCAAGGUAUUAUAAGUGAGCUCGAAUCACAGGGGGCGCUACCAAGGAGCAAUUCAAGGGUUUCUUCGCUUGCCACAUGUUGUGGACCAAGAUUUGUUGAACUGUUGUGGCAACUUUCUUUGCAUGCUUUGCGAGAAGUUCAUAGACGAAUGUUUGUAGCUGAUGUGGCUUCUAACCCGCUGCCUGCUUCAUUGACAGAUGUAGCUUUCUCACAUGCUGCUACACUACUUCCUGUAACAAAGGCUAGAAUAGCACUUGAACGGAGGAAGUUUUUGAAAAAUGCGGAGACUGCAGUCAAUAGACAGGCUAUUUGGUCAAGUUUGGCUCAUGAAAUGACUGCAGAGUUUCGCGGUCUUUGUGCUGAAGAGGCUUAUUUGCAGCAAGAGUUGGAAAAGUUACACGACUUGAGGAACAAAGUGAAGUUGGAAGGGGACCUGUGGGAUGAAUUUGUAUCUAGCUCAAAUCAGAAUUCUCAUUUAGUUCAACGAGCAACUCGCUUGUGGGACUCUUUAUUAGCUCGUAGAAGUCAGCAUGAAGUUCUUGCUUCAGGGCCUAUUGAGGACCUGAUAGCUCAUCGGGAGCAUAGGUACCGCAUCUCUGGAUCAUCUUUGCUUGCAGCUAUGGAUCAAAGUUCUCAGUCCCGUUAUACAGAUAUAUUACCUGUCCAAUCUGGCAAUCUAGCUUCAGUGCAUUUAGAUGACAAAGGACAGAUCGAUGGAUCAUUUGUUAAUGUAAAUAGAGAAAAGAAUAAGAAUUAUUUAGAGUUUUCUUCUCUACAAGUCAAUGAUGAAAUCACCCGAGUGGAUUAUAGAAGUGGAAGAGUUCACCCCACUGUUGAUAUAGCAGAAAUCCUCAGGCGUUGGACACAUGCAUUGCAACGUAUUCAUAAACAUUCACUUCAUCUGGCAAAAGCCAAUGAUGGAGAGGGUCCAGACCUUCUACGAAGUGCACAGGAAGGUGGUACAAGUGGCCAUGCUGAGUCAUUAGAAGCCACUCUUGCCGAACAUCAGCAACACCUAGCUAGCAUACAGGUUCUCAUCAAUCAACUGAAAGAAGUUGCACCAGCAAUACAAAAUUCAAUAUCGGAGCUUACAGAGGAAGCAAACAGCUUUUCGUCCAAUCUUCCUCCAAUUAACAAUCAUGAUGGCAGAUUGAUCUCACCUAUCCAAGCACAGAGCAGUGGGAGGACUUUGGAAAGUAGCACUGAUGAGGUUGCAGAUGUAACUUCGAGAAUGUCUAAUGUUCAGCUUGAGAAAAUUUCAGCCAGUCCUCCUGCCUUAAAACUCCCUCCUUUAUUUAGUUUGACACCAAAUUCUUCUGGGAAAGGUGGGAGCAUGCAAAAGCGACACAUGUUAACUCAGGCCAACCAAAUAGAAAAUAUGUUAGAGAGAGAGUCGCUGGACCAGCCCAUGUCAAACAACCACAUGGAUAAUCCACAAGAAAAUGACAAUUCUUAUGUCCAGAACUUAAAGAGAUCUGUUAGAGAAGCGGCUCUGUCAAUGCAAUCCUGCAACUUGGAAUCAUCUGAAGACAGUCACUCUGAUGACAGCUCUGAUCACUUCUUUGUUCCACUUUCUGCAAAUGGGUUUUCUCGUCUUGGGCCAGAAAAGAAACUGGCAGCAAGGAGUAAACGGUUGUUCGUUUCUCGAGUGGACCCUUCCUUGCCUGACAAUCGUGCUGCAGGUGGUCAUGUUGGGAGCAAGUAUGAUGAAGUAUCAAACGUCUUAAAUGAUUUGGGUUCACGUCAUGACUAUGAUCAAGUAAAUGGUUCUCUCUCAGCUUUUGGUUCAGAUAGUGCAGUUUCUGAUGCACACAGUUCAUUUUAUGACACGGAGGAAGCUCGGGAUCAAGUUUUCUCACCUCCCUUGCUGACGGAUACUUCACUCUUGGCAGAUUCUUACGAGGACUUGCUUGCACCAUUGUCGGAAACUGAAACUGCCUUGAUGGACCAUUGAAAUCAUAGUCUUGGCUAUUUUAGCUCGUGUUCUCCAGGAGAUGAUGAUUCAGUGGCUGUAACAAUUCUGUUUUCAUUCUUCAACUGGGAUUUACUUAUGCCAAGUUAUUGUUUUGCACGGCCUGGUGCUCGUACAGUUCCCAUAUUCCUUCUCCCUGCCUUGUAUACUUUCGCAAUUUUCUCUACCGCACGUUUGGGAUCGAACUUUCUUGCGUGGAUGGUAGAAUGAAUGUAUGGCACGUUGCUAUACAUGCUUGAAAGAUGCCCUGAAAAUGAAGCAGUCGCCAUAUGAAAACUCCAUCCUGGGUCUUAGAGGUGACAAGCCACUUCCCCUUGAUACCAUGCCUGGUCUGCUCAGAUACAUUCCCGGUAUUUUCUUCCAUGAAUGAGAAAGAAACAGGAGGAAGUAAAAGUGCUUGCAGAUCUUUCACUUCCAAUUUAUUACUGGCAGGCAAUGAGCUUCAAUCGUUGAAGUAAGCUCUGUUAUUUAACUGCCAAAAUUCAUCGUUGAUUGACUAAUUAAAAUGUAUUUGAUUGAUGUAUCACAUGUGUUUUUUUAUCAUGUCUAUUGCAGUUAAUAUGAAAAGGGAGACUGAUAAUCUUGGUUAUUGA